GAGUUGACGGUUGCUUCAGUUUUUUGUUUUCUUAGUUUUUACGUAUGUAUCACUGAUUCCCCUCCAACAGGGCUUUUACAUUUUCUCAUUAGGAACAGACACAUCAGAUCAUCUCUGUUGCCAUCUUUUUUUAAACUGCAUAUUUUAAUCUCAACCCUCAUUUAAAAAAAAAGGUUCUUGUCUUGCUCCUUUUUUGUAGCACCACGUUCUUGUUUUAUGGAUGUGAUGAUAUCUUUAUUUCUCUGAAGAUAUUAAAGUCUUUCUUUUUUGGGGUUCUGGGGUGUCUCCGUCAGUUAAGCAUCCAACUUUGGCUCAGGUCAUGAUCUCACAGUUGGUGGGUUCAAGCCCCACAUUGGGCUCUGUGCUGACAGCUCAGAGCCUGGAACCCGCUUUGAAUUCUGUCUCUCCCUCUUUCUCUCUCUGCCACUCUCUCUCUCUCUCUCUCUCAAAAAUAAAUAAACAUUAAAGGUAAGGAUAAAUUUUCUUUUUCUGUUUUAGCUCUGCUCCCUCCAUUGUAUCUACUACUCCUGUUUCCUUUGUGUGAUUUUGUUCUAUCUUUUAUAUUGGAGGCUUUUUCAAAUGUUUGCAGGCUCCUUGUUAAAUGUUCAUUUUUAUGAUCAAGGAACUAGAAGCUGAUUGGAGGCUCCGUGUGGGUGUGGGGGGAGGGAUUGGGUGGAGGAUCCUGUUGGCUGUUGGGCCUCUCCCUGAGGCAAUCUGGUGGGCAGACCAGGUGCUGUGGUUGGGAGACCUCUCUGGAGCCAGUUGGGUUCUGUUGAGAGAGAGUCUCUGAUCUCCUGCCUGGAGGAUACAAGCUAGGCUGUAGGCAUUCUUGGGGGGCUGUCCGGGGAAGGAAGCUGGGAUCUCAUCAUUCAAUAUGCAGCCUUUGAAGGAUCUGCCCUCCCUCUAUCUCCCUUCUCUUUGUGGUAUGGUGACUAAGCCUUGCCCUCUGGUCUGGAGCUUCUCUGGUUUAGUUUCUCCAGAGAAUAAAUGUCCUCCUCCUGCUAGGGUGGGAAAGAUAAACACCUUGGCUUAUCAAUUGCCUGGGCUGUGAAAUCAGCCUCUGAGUGUUUUGUAAACACGCUGUACUUUCAACAGAUCUUCCUGUUUUUAGCCCCACCCCACACCACCUUCUGACAUAAGCUGUCACCUCCAAUUCUUGAGCCUGUCGGUAGGACAGAGGCACAACACUGCUUGCUUCUGGUUGGCAUUCAGUUUCCAGACUUCUCUGAUCCACUCCAACGGCUACCACUCACCAAUCUACCUUCCAUCUCCCCAGAUUCUGCUUGUUUCAUGACCUGCUCUAUUCCUGGAGCCCAGAACAGGACAGGCACUCGCAGCCCUUUAUCUUAAGGGCCUUGACAAUUUUAUGGAGGAAGGCGAUCAAUCCUGUGACAUCAAACCCUAUAUUCACUCAGGGACCAGCCCCUGCCACACCGCGUCCUCCCACCCUGGGCUUUCUUGAUCAUGGAUGGUGAAGAUAUACCAAAUUUUUCAAGUUUAAAGGAGGAAACUGCUUAUUGGAAGGAACUUUCCUUGAAGUAUAAACAAAGCUUCCAGGAAGCUCGGGAUGAGCUAGUUGAAUUCCAGGAGGGAAGCCGAGAAUUAGAAGCAGAGCUGGAGGCACAGUUAGUACAGGCUGAACAGAGGAACAGAGACUUGCAGGCCGAUAACCAGAGACUGAAGUAUGAAGUCGAAGCACUAAAGGAGAAACUAGAACAUCAGUAUGCACAGAGCUACAAGCAGGUGUCGGUAUUAGAAGACGACUUAAGUCAGACCCGGGCCAUCAAGGAGCAGUUGCAUAAGUAUGUGAGAGAGCUGGAGCAGGCCAACGAUGAUCUGGAGCGAGCAAAGAGAGCAACAAUAGUGUCACUGGAAGACUUUGAACAAAGGCUAAAUCAGGCCAUUGAACGAAAUGCAUUUUUAGAAAGUGAACUUGAUGAAAAGGAAUCUUUGUUAGUCUCUGUACAGCGGUUAAAGGAUGAAGCCAGAGAUUUAAGACAAGAACUGGCAGUCCGGGAGAGACAGCAGGAAGUCACCAGAAAGUCGGCGCCCAGCUCUCCGACCCUGGACUGUGAAAAGAUGGACUCCGCCGUGCAGGCAUCGCUUUCUUUGCCAGCUACUCCCGUUGGCAAAGGGACGGAGAGCAGUUUUCCUUCACCCAAAGCUAUACCAAACGGUUUUGGUACCAGUCCACUAACUCCUUCUGCUAGGAUAUCAGCACUAAACAUCGUGGGGGAUCUCUUACGGAAAGUAGGGGCUUUAGAAUCCAAAUUAGCGGCUUGCAGGAAUUUUGCAAAGGACCAGGCAUCACGAAAAUCCUAUCUUUCAGGGAAUGUUAACUGUGGGCUGAUGAACAGCGACAGCACAAAGUUCCCUCGAUCAGGACACACGUCUUUCUUUGACAAAGGGGCAGUAAACGGCUUUGACCCAGCGCCUCCUCCUCCUGGUCUGGGCUCCUCGCGCCCGUCGUCAGCACCGGGUAUGCUGCCUCUCAGUGUGUGAGUGCCCGGCCUCCGGGUGGGGGCGCCUGCCCUCCUCCAACAGCCCAGGACACCCACGCCUCGUCCCUCGGUGCCUGGGCCCGGCCUGGGCCCCUGCGUCUGCCUCCCCACGGCUGGCAGAGGGCAGGCUGCAUGCGGCGGCGGCUGCUGGGCCCUGCCUGGCCCCAGGACUCUGCGCGAUAUCAAUACUGGCUAUUUCCUCUUCUCGCCGUGGUGCCGUUGGUCUCACAUGAUUGCACUUUUGUGGGUCACAAGGUGGCACGUCCGUGUACUCCUUGGUCACUGGAUGCAGAAGUACCCAUCAUCAUCACGCCUGCCCCAUAGCUCCCACCCAGCUGUACGGAUAGGGUUUAGUUGUGUUUAAGACAUUGCCGACCUUCUAGAAGGUCUCCCCCAGAUCAGGUCAACACGUGCCCCCGCCCCUCCCCCCCAGCUCCCGCCGGCUCCCGCCCACGCUUCUUCAGCGCUCAUGAUCGCGUGUUCGCCAGCUCCACUCCCCACCGUGUGACCUGCUGCUGGUCGGGGGUCGGGAAGGUCACUGAAUUAGGGAACAUUUUCUGCACCUUCUGAUUUUACUUUAGCGGUUAUCAUUCCAUAGACUUGCCUCCCAGAGCAGCGAAAUGCCCGUCUGGACCCCAGCUAGCGGGAGCCUCUGGGGCCGGGGCACCGUCUGCUCCUCAUCCGUGUGCCUCAGACUCGGGGUGAGGGGCGGGGGCAGCAGCCUCCUUGCCGGCUCUCUGGUCCUUCAGUUAAGCGACAUCUUUCAGGGCGUUUUGUUUUGUCCUCUGAGGGCCUGUCCACUUGUGUUAGGAAGCGUCGAGCGGCCCCAUCCAGGGGGCUUCUGGUGGGCAGACUGGCCGUAGGUGGUUGCUCCCGAUCAUCUUGAUUACUCUCAUGCUGCAUUUACUGUUUACAUUUGUUUUAUUGUACAUAGGUUUGUAAACAUUAUCGCCUAAGAUAUUUGUAUAUAACUUGGGCUUUGUAGCUUUUAUUUAUUCAGAACUCACACGGCAUGUUAAUGACUUACGAUGGUGUCCUACUCUGGGCAGCGGCAUAGGAUCAUCAUGUGGUUAAAAGAAAAUACUUCCCCUCAAAAAAAUCUUUUAAUGUGGAAACAAUAAAUUUCACAGAAAAAACCAAAACGAAACGGAUUGAGGUUGCUUUAUUGGGUUUCUGCCAGCCUGGGAGAGAAGACCAGAGUUGCAAAGCCCGGUUCAGAAAUGUCCCUUGGGUUCUGACUCGAGGUGUGCAGACAGAUGGCAGCUGUGUGUGUGUGGGGGGGGGGGGGGGGCGGUGCAAAGAAGAGCUGGGCGGUCUCCCGAGGAGGUGUCUGAUGCAGGUGUUCUCAUGCUGGUUCUUGGUGCCGGUCUCUGCUCGUAGCUGUGAUUUCCAGGAGUUUCCAGGAAGGCCUGGGGCUGCACGUGGUGGUCUGGGAAGAGGGAGGAGGGAGGGACAGGGUGGUGGAUCCAGGAGCCGGCCCUCUGGAUGUGUUGCUUUUAGGACAUGUGUCCGUGUUCUGGGGCUGGAUGUCACUUGGCUCUGGGCUUCUGUCCUCAUCCCGCAGGUUGAUGUUGGCAAGUGAGGGAAGAUGCCGGGUGUUUGGGAGCAAAGACGCAAAGUGACUGGAUUUGAGGGACGGGGAGACUGGGGCGGCUGUACGAAUGGGUCCGGUUCUGAACCCUAACGCUUGUAAUGAUGAGUGAAAAUAAACCAGAUGGUCUGUAGUCUUAAAACUGUAAGUGAAUGAAAAGCGAAUCCAAUUUGUAAGCAAGUAAGAAACACGAAUGAGUCCGAUACCUUUGUAAAAAUUUCUUCUGUUAGUACGGGGCAGAAAUACCCUGUUAGUCGGUUCGGAGAUUGUGUUGUAAGCGGACUCACCGAGAGACCCUCGGGGUGCUGGGUGUGCCGGGCCUGGGUGCGCUGGCCGAGCAGUUGCGGAGAGAACUCGUCUCUGCUCCCAGCUUCUUUCCCAACCAUCUGUGCAAGGAUUGGAUCCGAUCAGAGGUUGAAGGACCUAGCAGGUCUCUGUGUUCAUGCAGGAGCCUCAGAUGGAAAACAGAAGUAGAACUAAUGCAGUUAAGGCACGGAUGAGUCCCUGAGCCCUGAAUCCUGGCCCCUGGCUCCCAGAUGAUUUCCCUUCCAGCUAGACGCCCCUGGGAUCAUCCCCUGCAGACUGUUGGUCAGUGAUGACUGGGGGGUGGGGGGGCGCUGGCUGCAGGAACCCAUGUGUCUGUCAUUUACCACGUGUUGCCACCUCUGGGUCCAGGAGAGCACGGGCCAGGUCCGUGAAAGGGCCGUGUAAGCUGCAGGCUUCAGGAGGAGACCCUCCUGUAUUUUUGGGUGUUUUUGUAGCUGCAGCGGCCCCUGGCACAGGAGCCCCUGAGGAAGCCGGCCGACUUCUUGGUCUUGUCCUCCGCCUUCCGUUUGGAUCAUUUGGCUGAAGAGGCUACUUUGUACUUGCCCAGAUAGUACGUUAUGUCACCAGGCAUGAAAGUUACCACGGACUUUUUAAAAAAUAUUUAUUCUUGAGAGAGUGUGUGAGCAGGGGAGGAGCAGAGGGAGAGGGAGACACAGAAUCCGAAGCAGGCUCCAGGCUCUGAGCUGUCUGCACAGAGCCCGACGCGCGGCUCGAACCCACGUACCCAUGCGAUCGUGACCUGAGCUGAAGUCGGACUCUUAACCGACCGAGCCCCCCAGGCGCCCCGACCCCGGACUGUUUGCCCAUCCAGCCGUCAGCCGCCCGUCUCAGUGUGCUCUCCCGCCAGGACUCCUGAUGCCCUGCUUAGCCCGGCUCUCACGAACCCUCGAGGAGCGAGCCCUCCCUGCGCCGGUCCCCCCAGGUAGUGACACGCAGCUUCACCGCCCGCGCCCACCCCUUGCCCCCCAGACGCCUUCCCACAGGCGAGCAGGGGCCAGUGUUCUGCUUCCUUCCAGCCCAGGAUAGCCAGAAACUGCACCCCAUCAACUCAGUUAAGGGCAGAAGCCAGAGGUGUAAUGCUGAGCUCAGGAGAGGACGGGAGAACGAGAUACAGGUGGCCUGAGAGCAGGAAGAGCUGGCUCAGCCCAGCUUUCAGAUGGGAAGCGGGCGCAGAGUUUCCGUUCCCGGCCUGAGCUCACACAGCAAGGUCACAGAAAAGCCGGGACUGGAAACCAGCUCGGGUCUUUUCUGCUGUAUGCUCCACUUUUCCAGGCUUGGGGCCUCGCUGGCCGGCCUCGACUCUGUUUCAUGUCUCAGGAGAUGAGCCGGUUUUGGCUGCUUGGAAACGACGAGCCGUGGGGGCUCACACAAGCUUGGUCUCCCAGGCCCGUGCCGGUCAGGUACCGACUCUGCUGCUCCCAGCCGGCCCUUCCGAGGGCCAGCGUGGACACUGGCACCUCCGGGAAAGGGGAGGUGUCCGGGGGCGGAGAGCCGUCCUGCCUGGCUGCUGGCUGCUGGUGGGAACGAGGCCAGCCCGGGGAUGGGUCCCAGCAGUGAGGUUAGAGGACGCUAAGAUGAGCCUUUUCAUCAUUCCAGCUUCACUUCACCGACUGUGUUCCUGUCUAUAUUUGCCCCAAAGUUUGAAGCAAAUUGAGAACAUGAGCUGGACCUUAAAAACGGAGGCUUGUUGCUUGAGUC